AUGAAGCUCCUAUACCCAACGUCACUCGCUCUCGAUGUUCAGAGCCUCGAGGGCUUCUCAGUAGACCUGCAACCAUAUGAUGUGACAAAACCCAUCCCCGAGGAGCAUACCGAUGCAUCUGCGCUCGUGACUUGGACCAACACUUCUGCGAACCUUUCGGAUGCCGCCAAGCGACUCACAAAUGUACGCUGGAUUCAGUCACUGGCUGCCGGACCCAAUGACGUUCUCGGUGCCGGCUUCGAUGCCUCCAAGAUCAAGAUUACCACCGGCUCUGGUCUUCACGACCACACAGUCGCUGAACACACUCUGGGCUUGUUGCUCAAUGCAGCUCGCCGUUUCUACGAAAUGAGAGACUACCAAUUGCAAUCGAAAUGGCCUCAACACCUUGGCGGCCCACAGCCCGACCGCCCAAAGGGCAAGUUCACCUCGCUGCGUGAUGCCAACAUUUUGAUCUGGGGCUACGGCAACAUUGCCAAAUCGCUCGCACCACACCUGACUGGCCUGGGUGCCCAAGUCCGGGGUGUUGCAAGAAGUGCCGGUGUACGAAACGGCGUCGAGGUGUACGGCGAAGACAAGCUCGCCGAGCUGUUGCCACAGACUGAUGCUCUCGUCAUGAUUCUGCCGGGCUCGGAGAGCACCAAGCACGCUCUCAAUGCUGAGCGCCUAAAGCUGCUGCCCAACCACGCUUGGGUGGUCAAUGUCGGAAGAGGCAUGUCGGUGGACGAGGAUGCUUUGCUCGCAGCUCUGGAAAGCUCCCAGAUUGGAGGAGCUGCCCUCGAUGUCUUUGACAAGGAACCUCUUCCCGAGUCCUCCAAGCUAUGGAAGGCCCCGAAUGUGAUUGUCAGCCCACACGCUGCCGGCGGAAGACCACAGGGCGCCGAGGCUUUGAUUGCAGAGAACUUGAGAAGAUUCCAGGCUGGGCAACAAUUGAAGAACAUAAUCUAA